AUGGCCUCGGCAGCCGGCGCGCAGCCAGUCCCCAAGACCUGCAAGGUCAUUCUUGCAGAGACAAUAGCGAAGAAGCUUCUACAGGAAGCCAGAGAAACACUGGCAAGCAUACAGGGUCCCAAUGCCCCCAGGCCUACUUUGGCCGCUUUCCUGGCCAACGAUGACCCUGCUGCGGUCCAGUAUGCAUCUUGGUCCAAGAAGACAUGUGAGGAGAACGGCUUCAACUUUGACCUCCGCCAAGUUGAUAAGGAAGACCUUGAAGAGGCCAUUGUAGCCGCCAACAAUGAUGAUACUGUGGACGGCAUCCUUGUGUACUACCCCAUCUGGCGGAACAACCAGCAGCAGGACCGCUACAUCCAAGAAACUGUCGCCCUGCACAAGGACGUCGAGGGCCUCUGCCACACCCAUCUUUUCAACAUGUACCACAAUAUUCGCUUCCUUGAUCCGCCUCACAACACAAAGAAGUCUAUUCUCCCCUGCACACCUCUGGCCAUUGUCAAAGCCCUGGAGCACCUGCAGAUCUACAACCCGAUUCUUGAGUACGGCAACCGUCUUUUCGGCAAGACCAUCACCGUCAUCAAUCGCAGUGAGGUCAACGGCCGCCCUUUGGCAGCUCUGCUGGCAAAUGACGGCGCAACUGUGUACAGUGUGGACAUCACGGGUGUCCAGCUCUUCACUCGCGGCAGCGGCAUUCGCCAGCCACGCCAUCAGGUUCAUGACAAGCCUGGCUGGGGGCUCAAGGAUGUCCUGCCGCUGAGCGACGUCAUUAUCUCAGGCGUGCCCACCGAGGACUUCAAGGUGCCGACCGAUCUGAUCCGUGAUGGUGCUGUGUGCAUCAACUUCUCCAGUCACCGCAAUUUCGAUGGCCCUGCUGUCAAGGAAAAGGCCAGCAUUUAUGUUCCUAGCAUUGGCAAAGUGACAAUUGCUGUCCUGCUGCGUAACCUUGUGCGGCUUAUUGCAAACCGGCCACGUCCUGAGGGGACAUCUGAGGCGGCCGAGAAGGCAAGAAACGAGGCCUUCAAGGAUGGUUGA